AUGUGUAUUGUGGAUUACAUGUUCUCCAAGACUCACAUUAGGGAGGAAAGACCAAGCAGCGACAGAAAGGAGAUUAUUGGUAGACAUCUCUCAGAACUCUACCUCCUCCAAUAG